UAUUAUUUUUGCUUCAUGAAUGCCUUCCCGGAUUUCCAAAUGGCCAAAUCUUUCGAGCACAUCAAGAGACCCAUGAACGCCUUCAUGGUUUGGUCCAGGGGCCAAAGACGAAAGAUGGCUGAGGACAAUCCAAAGAUGCACAACUCUGAAAUCAGUAAGAGGCUCGGAGCCGAGUGGAAGCUACUCACCGAUGCGGAGAAGCGUCCUUACAUCGACGAGGCGAAGAGACUGCGGGCUCAGCAUAUGAGGGAACACCCGGACUACAAGUACAGACCCAGGCGCAAGCCCAAGACUCUUCUCCAGAGGGAGCGCCUCGUCUUCCCGCUGCCUCCAGUGGAGCACUUGAAGGGAUUCUCCGCGGACUCCUUUCUUCUGAAAGGGGAUAAAAGCGUACCUUUCCUGCAGGCGCCUUCUACCGCUACGUCGCUGCUGGAGAUCAGCACCGGAGCUGUCCAGCGGAUGACGGAGUUCCAGCACCCUCUGAGCGCUGCAGCUCGACACGCCUUCGGAUACCACACCGGAGGGGUCGGGGGGCUGGCUUGCCUCGGACAGCACACCCAAGUUUCACCCGGCAGCCCCUACGUGGUGCCGUGUAACUGUGGAGCCUGGUCUGCCGCCGGUCUGCAGCCUCAAGUGGCAUACAUACUCCUCCCGGGAGGGAUGAGCAAAGGCGGCAUGGACGGGUACUCAUCGCCGGGAUCCAGUGCGUAGUGGACACUCCAGAAGAGCGCACGGCUUGGCCACAAUCUGAGGUGGAAAUGCCAGAAAUAUGAACAUGUUUUCAAAUACCACAAAUGACAGUUUCACACAUGUCAAUCAAUUCAAGCAUCUCGAGACAAGGUGUGACAGAAUAUUGCAAAUAAAAGAACAGUAAGUGCCCACAAAUGUGUGACAAGUUACAUUCUUUGAUAUCAAUUAUUGUCCAAUACGUAUAUUUCAAUGUGAGACUGUAUCGUUAUUAUUGUUUUGAGUCAGUGUAGGUGUUCUUCAUCAUUUCACGAAAUGUCACAGGCAAUUGUGAUCAACUGGGUAAAGUUAGAAAAAUAUUAUAUUAUAUUCCAAACAAAUGUUUGUUCCAUAGCAAAUCAUACCCUUUUCCAACCGUGGCGACAGACAAACAGCUACAACCCAGC